CAUAAUCCGCCAUAGCCUUCGGCACAAAAGCUAAGAGUAUUAUCCGUCGAAUAUGGGAAAAACGGAAGCCAUGGAAGCAACGAAGACACAAGAAAAACCCAUCAAUCGCCAUGGUAACCUAACGACAGCGUCCAGCGAUGAAAAUCUAAAAGACAUUUUUCACGAAAUCAGAACUUCCAGAUCCCCUGCGGUGAUAAACUUCGGUGCGUCUUGGUGUCGUGUUUGUUGCGAGAUCCUCCCUUCGUUUAACCAGUUGAGCAACAAGUUCCCGAAACUUUCUUUUGUGUAUGCAGAUAUAGAUGAAUGCCCAGAAACAACUCAGCAUAUUCGAUACACACCUACUUUUCACUUCUAUAGAGAUGGUGAAAGAGUGGACGCGAUGUUUGGUGCUGGUGAAGAGAGGUUGCACGAUCGUCUCUGGCUACACUCCUAACUACAGUCACAAUCUCUGUUGAGUAGUUAGGAUCUCAUUCAUAAACUUGGGUAAAUUUUGGCAUUUUCGUAUUCUGAUGACAAGUAUUAUGUCACAAAAGCACUGAUAAAAACACGUUUACAUUCGAUAUGGUCUUUCUCAUGAAGAGAGUAGAAAUCCUA